GCCGGGCUCUCUCCGUACUGGCUGUGGCGCCGCUGGAAGAGCUGCUCGCUCUGCUGCUGGCGGAGCAGCACGGUCUUUUGGCUCCGCCUGGCGCGGGCUCUGGCCCAGCCGCGGCCGAGGCCCCGGCCCCGAAAGAAGCCCCUGCCGCGGUUCCGCCCGCUGCCGCCCCGCUGCCGCCCGGCUCCCGCCCUAUGUCCGACAGCGUCGCCGGCAGCUUCCCCGCUCCGAGCUCCGCCUCUCGCCAGCUCGGCCGCCCGCCCCGAGCCGCCGCAGCCCGGGGCGGCUGGGCAAGCAGCAGCGCGCCGGGCGGGCGGGUGCCCCGAGCAGAAGAGCGGGAGCGCGGUGCUGCCCGCACGGGCGGAGAAGCCUCCCCUAGAGCAGCUCUACAGGGAGGGCUCGCUGCUGGGCAGCGGCGGCUUCGGCAGCGUUUACUCCGGGACCCGGCUCGCCGACGGCGCCCCGGUAAGAGACGGGGCCGGUCGGAGGGGGGCGGCGGGCGGCGGGCAGCGGCCGAGGAGCUCAGCCCGCCGCUCGCCUUGGCUCGCAGGUGGCCAUCAAGCGAGUGUCCCGGGACCGCAUCUCGGAGUGGGCGCGGCUGCAGAACGGCGCCCUUGUGCCCCUGGAGCUGGCGCUGCUGUGGAUGGUGUCGUGGCCUGGCUUCCGCGGCGUCGUGCGGCUCCUGGACUGGUUCGAGGUGCCCGAGGGCUUCGCGCUGGUCAUGGAGCGUCCGGAGCGCUGUCAGGACCUCUGGUACUUCCUGCACGAGCGGCGCUUCCUGACGGAGCCCAUGGCGCGGGGGCUGUUCCGCCAGGUGCUGGAGGCCGUGCGGCACUGCAGCAGCCGCGGCGUCCUGCACCGCGACAUCAAGGCCGAGAACGUCCUCGUGGACCUGGCCACAGGCGAGACGAAGCUCAUCGACUUCGGGUGCGGCACGAUCCUCCAGGACACGUUCUACACCCAGAUGUCAAGAACGCCGGAGUACAGCCCACCGGAGUGGAUCCUCUUUGGCUGCUACCAUGGCCAGCCAGCCACCAUCUGGUCCCUGGGCAUCCUGCUCUAUGAGCUGGUCUGCGGGCACCUUCCUUUCCACACCAAUGAGGACAUCAUCCGGGGCCAGCUUUGCUUCCCCGCCCGGGUGUCUCAAGGAGGAUACACCUGGUGCCCGGACCAGACGGGGAAGCGCCUGCAGCGUCUGUGGAGCACGUCCAGUGGCAGCACUACCCCAGGGGCCACGGUCUGCAGGGACAGCCCCUUCCAGAAGGAUGAGGACCUGGCUGCCAGCACCUCAUGCCAUGGGAACGGCACCGCUCAGCCUGCCAGGCUGGGAGGGCUGGAGGGCAGCCCGUGUUAA